GCUUUUAUUUUGAAGAGGCAGUUUUUGUUUUGUUUUGUAGUUCUUAAACCCGGAAGUGAUCUGCUCUUUGCCAACCUGCAGACCUUCUGCUGCUCUUCACCAGGCGUCAGGACUCCGUCUCUGGAUGCUGAACGUUCGGGCUCUGCUUGGCAUCGGCUUCCUGGUGACCUCGCGCGCCGCGGCGUCUCUCUCCCAGACGGGGACGUGUUCCGCCGCAGCUGAGCGCCACCAGAAGAACCGCUGCAGCAGCAGAGCGGCGUCUACGAUGGCCCACGCCGUCAGAUACCUCGGGCAGGAGGAGGCCCAGAAGAUCGACGAGGAGCUCUUCAGCGAGUACGGCUUCAGCGUGGAUCAGCUGAUGGAGCUGGCCGGACUCAGCUGUGCCACCGCCGUCACACGGGCGUAUCCGCUGGCCUCUCUGGUCAAAGCCAGACCGUCUCUGCUGGUGAUCUGCGGACCCGGAAACAACGGCGGCGAUGGGCUGGUCUGCGCUCGACACCUCAAGCUCUUUGGCUACCAGCCCACCAUCCUGUACCCGAAGAGGCCCAACAAGCCGCUGUUCCAGGGUCUGACCACGCAGUGCGAGAAAAUGGAGAUCCCCUUCCUGGCGGAGAUGCCUGAGGCUGAAGUCAUCGAUGAGGCUUACAACCUGGUGAUCGACGCCAUCUUCGGCUUCAGCUUUAAGGGAGCGGUGCGGGAACCGUUUGGCUCCAUCCUGGAUGUUCUGAAGAAGACCACGGUCCCCAUCGCCAGCAUCGACAUCCCGUCAGGUUGGGAUGUGGAGCAGGGCAGCGCAGACGGCCUCCAGCCCGACACGCUCGUCUCUCUGACCGCGCCCAAGAAAUCCGCCUCCUUAUUCCGGGGACGGUACCACUUCCUGGGAGGACGCUUCGUCCCGGCCGCCUUGGAGAAGAAGUACCGGCUCAGCCUGCCUCCGUACCCCGGCACCGACUGCGUCCUGCAGCUCUGAGAGUAAAACCAGGCGGCUUUCAGACGCUCAUCUGGUUCGGUUCUGAAAACACUGUAAAAAAAACUCCUGAUCCAGUCCUGGUUCUGUCCUCGCUUCUUUCUAGAAGAUCCAGAUGUUUCUCUGAUGUUUUAAACUCUUCUGGAUGUUUUUCUUUUGGCUUUGGUUGCUUCCUCACCGGGUUUCAGGGUCGGUUCUGGUACCCGAGGAAAAUAAAGGUUCCCUGAAUGCCU